UACCGGAAGUGCUCGUCCGGCAGUUGUUUCGGUUGGCAUCCUAGCUGGUAGGAGGUGUGCCGGCCACCUGCGAGGAACCGGAGCGAAGGUUAGACAUUCGAAAGCAGUUUGGAGCUGGGGCCGAGGCUGUCGUGCAGUCAGAUCAUGGGCCCAAGCAAGCCCUGGGGAGAAUGGUUCCUCAACCUGCGGGUGUCCCCCGCCAGGGUAUUUGGUGUGGCCUUCCUUGCCCGAGUCGCCCUGGUUUUCUAUGGGGUGUUCCAGGACCGGACCCUGCUCGUGAGGUAUACAGACAUCGACUACCAGGUCUUCACGGACGCCGCGCGUUUCGUCACGGAAGGACGCUCCCCUUAUCUGAGGGCGACGUACCGUUACACUCCGCUGCUGGCUUGGGUCCUCACUCCCAACAUCUACCUCAGUGAACUCUUCGGAAAGUUUCUCUUCAUCAGCUUCGACCUCCUCACCGCUUUCCUCUUAUACCGCCUGCUGCUUCUUAAAGGGCUGGGACGCCGCCAGGCUUGCGGUUACUGUGUCUUUUGGCUUCUUAACCCCCUACCUAUGGCAGUGUCCAGCCGAGGGAAUGCGGACUCGAUCGUCGCCUCCCUGGUGCUUAUGGCCUUGUACCUAAUAGAAAAAAGACUCGUCGCGUUUGCUGCUGUAUUCUAUGGUUUCGCAGUGCAUUUGAAGAUGUAUCCGGUGACCUAUAUCCUUCCCAUAGCUCUCCACUUGCUUCCGGAACGCAAGAAUGACGAAAGCCUCCGUCAAUCCCGGUAUUCUUCACAGGCGCGUUUGUACGAAUUCCUAAAGAGGUUGUGCAGCCGGGCUGUGCUGCUCUUCGUAGCAGUCGCUGGGCUCACGUUUUUUGCCCUGAGCGUCGGUUUUUACUACAAAUAUGGUUGGGAGUUCUUGGAGCACACCUACCUUUAUCACCUGACCAGGCGGGAUAUCCGUCACAACUUCUCUCCGUACUUCUACAUGCUGUAUUUGACUGCAGAGAGCAAGUGGAGUUUUUCCCUGGGAAUCGCUGCAUUCCUACCACAGCUCAUCUUGCUUUCAGCCGUGUCUUUCGCCUAUUACAGAGACCUCGUCUUUUGUUGUUUUCUUCAUACUUCCAUUUUUGUGACUUUUAACAAAGUCUGCACCUCCCAGUACUUUCUUUGGUACCUCUGCCUCCUGCCCCUCGUGAUGCCACUAGUGAAAAUGCCUUGGAAAAGGGCUGUGGUUCUCCUGCUGUUAUGGUUCAUAGGGCAGGCCUUAUGGCUGGCUCCUGCUUAUGUUCUUGAGUUUCAGGGAAAGAACACCUUUCUGUUUAUCUGGUUAGCUAGUUUGUUAUUCCUCCUUAUCAACUGUUCCAUCAUAAUUCAAAUUAUUUCCCAUUACAAGGAGGAACCCCUGAUAGAGAGAACCAAAUAUGACUGAUACACACUGGUUCUGCAACAUCGAUCUAUUACACUCUGAUUGUUCUGAAUGGACCAGAGAGAGCUUUGGGGAAAAAAAAAAAUUGAACAUCCUAAGUACUCCAGUGAAAGUUCAGUUUUGGAGCAUAAAACCCUAUUCCAACAAAUUUAAAUGAAUGUUUGCCUUAUAUAUAAAGGGGACUCAAUAAUUGAGGUCCACCCUUUAGGAAAUCUGAGGACUCUCUUAUCUAGGACGUGAUAGGAAAUGAAGGUUACUUGUUUGAAAAUGGAAAGCCUGAGGAAACUAGCAGAUGCUGAAAGGCUUUUGUAGAAAAACAGAGGAAUAUACUCAAGAGACAAAGUCUAAGCCAGUAUUUGCUCCAGUUAUACUAUGGUACUGCCCAACACUGUCAUAUCUUUUAACCCCCACUUUUUCUUUCUAAAGCUUUCCUGAUAACUGUGAAAACUCAUAAAAUAUUCCUAAACUACAACUUUUUAGAUAUAAAGUGUUAAAUAAUAAAACUGUGCUUAGGUUAGGAAAGUUAAUUCUGUUUUAAAAGUAGGGGCUUUGAAGAUAAAGAAUUCAAAGAAUUUAAAUUUUAAUCAUAUUCCAUGUAUUUGUUUUAUAACUUAGGUUUUCAGCACUUAACCUCAGUGGUGUUAGGCUACUAUUUGGUUUUAUUCAAAAAUUAAAUUUAAAUUCAUCCAUCUUUAAACCCUUUAACAUAUUUAAAAAUAGCAUCUUGCUUUUGAUGUCUGAGAUCACAGAUUAUUAGGACAUUUUAGUACUCUCAUACCCCUUUGUUUUUAAUUUUCUGAUUGCUAAAAAUUUUUUUAUCUAGAGUUUAAGUGUUAUCAGUGUUGUAAAAAUAAAUAUUAGUAGAUUUUAGGUGAUAAAAAGUUAAAUAGUUACCUAAGGCAUUUCCCAGCCUAAAAAUACCCUACUUAUGAAAAUUCCACGAUGGAAAUGGAGGCCUGCAUGGGAAGCUCCUUGAAAGCAUAAGAGGCAUCCUACUAGCCGUUAGUCUUUCAGACCUGGAAGUUAGGGAGAGCUUGUGGGAAUGAAGCUUUGGUGGACAGAUCCAUUUACCCUAUUACUAAAAUAUUUCUAGGAAAAAAUGCUUUCUGAGUUUCAAACAAGCAACCUAAAAAAAAAAAUUUAUUUUUUAAACAUAGCCCAUCUAGAUUGGGGACUCCCUAACACUCAAAUGCAGUAGCAAUAGAUGAGUUUGAUUUUAUGAUUCUGAUUUUAAAAGGUAAGUAAUUUAACAACAAUGUUCUUUCAUAGUAAAAAAAAAAAAAAAAAAAAA